AUGCCACAGCUCUUUCCAGCCAACCCUUCCGCGACCAUGGUAAUCCGCCAUGUGACGCCAGAAAUUGUGACCAUGAGUCUGCCAUUCGCACGGUUCGGACACUUGCAGUUUGGCGGGCGAGGGACGCUGGUCAAGCUUGCCACUGGCUCCCUCGCAGUAUUCUCGCCCGUCGGCCUAACGCCCGAAGUCCGCGAGACAGUCGAGUCUCUCGGCGGGAACGUCAAAUACAUCGCGGCGCCAGAUCUUGAACACCACCUCAACCUCACCCCAUGGAAGAAGGCAGAUCUUAGCCCGGAGGGUCUUGUCGAGAAGCGGCAAUCGAACCCGGAGUAUCAGGAUACCCCGUUCAAACACGUAUUCAAGAAGGAAGAUCAACUGCCGCGGUCGAUCUCGAAGGAGUUCGAUACCGAGUUUGAGAGCGAAUAUGUAUAUGGCCACGGAUCGCGCGAGCUGGUGUUUCUGCAUAAGCCCACGCGCACGGUCAUCGAGGCGGAUCUACUCUUCAACCUGCCUGCUAAGGAGCAGUAUUCCAAGAGCCCUGAAGCAUCAGGGACUAAUUUCCUCACAAAGCUUCUUCUGCCGUUGAUGUCCACCAAGCCGCCGGCUACAUGGCAGAGACGGUUUGCGUGGUAUAUUCUCUCGGCACAGGAUCGGACAGCGUUCAAUGAGUCUAUGAGAAGGAUUGAUCAGUGGGACUUUGAUCGUUUGAUUCCCUGCCAUGGCGAUACUAUUGAGACUGGUUCCAAGGGGAUAUUCCGCGAUGUGAUGGCAUGGCACUUGGAUCGGAAGAAUACGUAG